AUGACUGAUGUGGAGAAUGUGGAGGAGGAGGGCCGGGUGCUGGAGGGCAUCAGCCGGAGCAUCUCGUACGACUUAGACGGGGAGGAGAGCUACGGCAAGUACCUGCGCCGGGAGUCCCACCAGAUCAGCGACGCCUACGCCAACUCCGACAAGUCCCUGGCCGAGCUGGAGGGCAAGUUCCGGCAGGGCCAGGAGCACGAGGGCAAGGAGGAGAGCCGCCUCAACGACGACUUCCUGGGCAUGCUCAUCCACACGCGGACCCUGCUCAAGGAGACCCUGGACAUCUCCGCCGGGCUGCGGGAUAAGUACGAGCUGCUCUCCUUGACCAUCCGGAGCCACGACGCCCGGCUAACCCGGCUCAGGAAGGAGUAUCUCAAAGGGUGAGGCGCUGGCCGACGGGGGAGGGGGAGCAAUUACCCCGCGGCCCGGGCCAGGUAAAAGGGCCCGGGGCCCCAGGAAGGAGGAUUCAAAGCCGCCUGGCUGCUGAGCUGCGCACAGUCAGCCGCACGUGCUCAGGUGCCCCUCCCCCACGUGGCGCUGUCCCGGGGACCUCGCCCUCGCUGUGCAGACAGGGAUGGGGCUCGCCGCUGUCCUGGUGCACCCCGCUCUGACAAAGGGACAAGGGGCAGACACAGCUGGGAGUCGGACGGAGCUUACUGCAUGCAGUCUAGGGUGAGCUGCGUGAGUGAGUGCCCACCUGCCUGGCUUGAGUCCCCCGUGUCCUGUGUCCCCUUCCUCCCACACACACGACCCCCUUUGCUUCAUACACACAAUCUUGUGUCUUUCUCUGUGUCUCCCUCUCUCUCACACAGUCUCUUUCACACUCACCUCCUAACACAUACUUGUGUUAGUGAUGUGGCUUCUCUGUGCCUCCUGCAGUUGCACCCAUAUUCUGCGUAAUUUUAUUCUUUUAAAGUGUGCUAUUGUCGUUUUUUGACUGGUCUAUACAUUUCAUCAUUUGUAUUUCUCUUACACUUUAAAUGUAAGUGGGUACUGAGUAGUGAAAUGCCUAACCUGCUCUGGCGGGGGUAAUUAUCCCUAUGGUUACUUUUUUAAAUAUAUAUAUUAUAUCUAGGGGUUUUUUUGUUUCUAGCAGUGGUGCACAUUUGCACAUAUCUCAGUGCACCUAACAUUUAUUGCUCACGGGAUGAGAAAAAAUAGAGAACAUGCCAACAGCACAGCUGGCAGCAGUUGGCUGGGUGCCAGUGGCACAGGUGCAGCACCCCCCAACAUCAGGUGGAUCGCGUCGUAGAGGGCCCAUUAACUGUUCUGCCCUGGGACCCAAAAUUACUGUCAGUGGGCCUUCCUGGGCUAGCAGAGACCUUGGCAUUGUGUUGCUACUUCUUCUGGCGGCUACUGUGAGUAGCUGGCACAAGGGUAGAAGUCACAACUGGAAGCUUCUCUUGGGAGGGGACAUGCCACACUUACAAGCCUACAAUCACCAUCAUAGCCAGGAGGCCUCUGCUUUUCACCAUGCUCUUUGCAUUCAACCAUGGUGGUCCUCUCGGUGCCCAAGUGCUACACAUUAUAGGACCCAGGUACAUGGCAGUGGAGAAUAAGGCACAUUGGUGAGCAUUUACUGGUGGGACUUGUCCUAGGCCAGGUCUACGCUAGAGGGCAAUGUCAAACUAAAGUACACACUUCCAGCUCCCUGAAUAGCAUAGCUGUUGUCCACUUACCUUAGUUCAACUUACUGCGACAUCCACAAUAUGUGGGGUCAACAGGAGAGUUUCUCCCAUUGACUUCCCUUAUUCUUCUCAACCCAGUGGAGUACCAGAGUCAACAGGAGCAUGGUCAGCGGUUGAUUUAGCAGGUCUUUAUUAGACCUGCUAAAUCAACCCUUGGGAGAUAAUCCUUGCAGUGUUUAUCUCCCAGUAAGUGUAGACAAGGGACAGUGAAGUCUUGCAGGUAACUGCUCUGUACCAAGAAGCAGGUUGCAGUCUGACCCUGGAUGGUGCUGGCCAUUCACCUCAGCGCAAAAUGAAGGAGUUUACCCCAUAAAGUCUUGUUUAAAUGAAUAUACAAAGCCAAUAGCAGCCGUUGAAGGAGAUUUAGUACAUAUCUGUGACAGUGUUAUUAAAGGAUAAGUAUCAUUGGUCUCCUACUCUUCUUGCCUUGCACUUCUGUCCACACUUUCACCUGUGCAAAGUAAGUAUGUGAUUCUGCCACAGGGCCAGAAUAUGCCACCUUUUCUCAUGAUGAGUAUAGCACCUUGUUUCUGAAAAAGCUCUUUUGAUUUCAAAAUAAUAAGCUUACUUACUGAGUAAGGUGCAACUCAGUAUAAUUAAAAAGGUGCUGUAAGCUGCCCUGUCCUUGCAUUUUACUCACACUUUGCACAGAUGUAAAACGGGUGCACAAACACAAAACAACAAAGGGC